CCGCUGUCUGCCUGUCUAUCUGACGGUGCGCGCGUGCGUGCGUGCGUGCGCGCGAUCUCCUUUCCGCUCGCGCCGUGCUGCUGCUCCUCAAUGUAGCAAAGACCAUGACAGGCAUCGCCGCCGCCUCCUUCUUCUCCAACAUUUGCCAGUUCGGGGGCUGCGGACUGCACUUCGAGUCGCUGGCCGAGCUCAUCGUGCACAUCGAGGAUAAUCACAUCGAUACAGACCCCCGUGUGUUGGAGAAACAGGAACUGCAGCAGCCCACGUAUGUCGCCCUCAGCUACAUUAACAGGUUUAUGACAGAUGCAGCACGGCGGGAGCAUGAGUCUCUGAAGAAGAAAGUUCAGCCAAAGCUGUCGCUCUCGCUGACCGGCGGCCUUUCACGCAACAGCGUGGCCACGCCCCCUCGGCACAACAGCGGCAACCUGACUCCGCCCGUGACUCCGCCCAUCACGCCGUCGUCUUCAUUCAGGAGCAGCACCCCCACAGGCAGCGAGUAUGAUGAGGAGGAAGCAGAAUACGAAGAGUCUGACAGUGACGAGUCGUGGACCACCGAAAGUGCCAUUAGCUCUGAAUACAUCCUCAGUUCCAUGUGCAUGAACGGCGGUGACGAGAAACCGUUCGCAUGUCCCGUGCCUGGCUGCAAAAAGAGAUACAAGAAUGUGAAUGGUAUCAAAUACCACGCCAAGAACGGCCACCGCACUCAGAUCCGCGUUCGGAAGCCCUUCAAGUGCCGGUGUGGUAAAAGCUACAAAAGCUCUCAGGGGCUUCGACACCACACCAUCAACUUCCACCCGCCCGUCUCUGCCGACAUCAUCCGCAAGAUGCAGCAGUAGAGAGUGCCAAGAUCCUCCUCGACACACACACACACACACACAUGUAUAUACAGUACAAACACCUACACACCCAUCUCACCAGCAGCCAUGGCUGUCCAUUAACUCUGACUUUGACCCGUCUUCUCCUCAGUUUUUUUUGGAGUACAUCCAAAAAAUAUUUGUCUGGAGGACAGUUUGUCUUUCUCUAUUUUACUCUUUCAGGAGUAAGACUUCACCUCCCUUUUCAUUCCACUCCUCACGAGGAGGAAACUUUUAAUCUUUUUGUAUUCCUCUUCCUCAAGGAAGACUCCCUGUAUCAUUCCGUUCGUUUCAACCAUCUUAUCAAAACACUACAUUUUUAAUUGCAUGCUUUAAUUCAGUUCUUUUUUUUUUUUAUUGUUAUUUCCUUCGCUUAUUUGUAUCUUAUUAGAGUUCACGGUUUUGUAUUUUUGCACAUUCGCUUAAUCAUUUUUUUUUUUUUUUUUUUUCCUCGUCUUUAUUUUUUUGAUGCUAGGUGCUUAUUGUAAGACUGACGGUAUGUUUGGAAAGGAGAGAAUCGUGGCCAGCCUCACGCGAGUGGAAAACGAAAGAUAGGAAAGGCUUGAAAAGUCCGAAUGUUUAUCUACCCUGUAUAAGCAACAUUCAUAGCUACAGAUUGUGUAUAUAACUAUAUAUUCUAUAAGUUUCAUAGUCAGAUUUAAAUUCUAUACUUUAUUCCUAAGUUUUAUUUUGUAUAUUUUCAACCGAGCUUCGGAGACGACGUUAUCGAUUGGAUUAUGGAUGUACAGUUUUCGGUAGUGCUUUCACCCUUUCUGUUAAUCUCAGAAAAGCUUUGAGUUAUAGCACCAAAUGACUCUCAGGUGACAAAUCGCCAGCAUUUCAAACACACAAUCCUGAUCUGAUAGUAUUUUUGAGUAGGCUGUUACACUCUUCCCAGGUCUGCUGUGGCCGGACCGUUCUGGAGCGUCGUAGAACUCCACAGCGAUCUGGAGAAGAACCUAAAGCACUUUGUAGUGACCAGUUGCCAACCUGUUUAGGGCAUUUUGUAUUGCCAACAAGCUACGAAAUUCCAAGGACUAAUAUGGCGUAUUGGAGGUCUCUCUUUCUGAGGUUCUUUUAUUAUUAUUUUUUCUAGCUAAGGGAAUUCAUUCUUUCGCUAUACCUCCAGUGUGCUUGUUAGAUGUGAGAUUAUUGAAACUGGUUGCCUUGAAUUGUGGUACACCACAGCAUUCCAGUACAGUAUAUGUGUAGCCAAGUGAUUCAGAUUGUGUAUUCAUCCUGAUUCUGGCUCGUCUCUGGCGUGUCCGGUUGACUUUUAUACCCCUAACCUGUCACUGGGACGAUAUAGAGUCACAACCCAAAGAUAUUCAAGUGUGGACUCAUACCUUGAAGCAGAAAGGUACUCGAUUUGAUUUGCUUUUGGACUCGUGGGUGGUAAAAAAAAAUGAAAAGUCGCUAGAUCUUCCGGAGAUGCCGGCCAGGUCAGGGCCUGCCAAUCACUCAUUAUGACAUUACUGCAUGGACAUUAAUGUUGUUGGAAUUGCAGUAUCGGUUUAGAUGCAACAUUGUAACAGUAUUACACUGCCAGUACAGAGGGAAGUAUUUGAUAUAUUGUGUACUUAAUGUAUUGUCUCGAUGUGAGUGCUUUAAAUUAUAUUUUCUUAAGUUUCUGGACAACAAUGUUCCUACAUGUAAUGAAGUCAGACACCAGGGGUUGUUUUGGAACUGGUGACAUUUUCUGCAACAAAACUGAAAAAAAAAAAAAAAAAAAGCUGCUUCAUAAAUGUAAACCUGGUUACAUUUUAAAUAUUAAAAUGGCCUCUGAUAUGUUUUAAAAAAAAAA